GUGCCUACUGAUGGACGCGGCAAAUGCCGCUCGCGGCAGCGCGGCACUUUAGAAGGAACUAGAUUCUAGGGGCUUCUGUUUCUGAUGCCGCUUGCCGCGUGAACGCGGCGUUCGUUGCGUUGACACGGCGUCCGUUUGAGUGGAACAUAAAUAAUCCAGUUGGAAGACAUAUUGAAAAAGUGAAAUAACCUUAACUUCUUAUUGUCUUAGUACCUCAGUAGCACAAGGCUUGUUUCUAGUUAUAGUUGUAAGGAUUGUUUUAACAAGAUUAGAGCAAACGAUGUUUGCGAAAAUGAAAAUUCAUGAGUGGUUAGUGCAGUGCACUCAUGUAAUUAAUCAGCAGAAUGCAGAAGCAGAUCGACGUGAUAAACUACUCGGAUCAUUAGCUUUGUUAUUAGUCGAAAAAAAGAAACGGAGAAACAAAAAGAAGCGUUUGUGGGUUGCACCAAUUUUUCAAAAACGCUGUGAGCAUGGUUUUUAUCAUGCCUUGCUGCCAACACUGAAAUUGGAAGAUCUUCGGUUCCAUAAUUAUUUUCGGAUGUCAGCCACGCAAUACGAAGAGUUGUUAUCUAUAGUAGGUCCGCAUCUAGAAAAACAAUACGUUGUGCGAGAGCCGAUAAGUGCAGCAGAACGAUUGACAUUGACAUUACGAUUUCUGGCAGCUGGUGAUUCCAUGUCUUCAAUGACGUAUCAAUAUUUGAUAGGCUUGACAACUGUAAGCAACAUUAUUGCUACAACGUGCAGAAUUAUUUAAGACAAUCUGUGUCCUGUGGUCCUUCCACCUCGAUUACUUGAAAAUGACUGGCGGAGAAUCGCAGAUUUUGAAGAUUUGUGGGACUUUCCACAUUGCAUUGGGGCAAUUGACGGAAAGCAUGUAAUCAUUCAAUGUCCGGACAAUGCAGGCUCCAAUUUCUACAACUACAAAAAUAGUCAUAGCAUUGUAUUAUUAGCUAUUUGUGAUGCCAAUUACAUUUUUCGAUUCGUUGAUAUUGGUGCGUAUGGCAGGCGAAGUGAUGGAGGCAUCUUUCGUGAAAGUCAGUUAGGUCAA